AUGGAGACAAACGAUGUGCACAAUAGUGGGCCAAGUGGUGACAUGGAGACAAACGAUGUGCACAAUAGUGGGCCAAGUGGUGACAUGGAGACAAACGAUGUGCACAAUAGUGGGCCAAGUGGUGACAUGGAGAAAACUGAGUUGCACAAUAGUGGGACAAGAGGUGACAUGGAGACAAACGAUGUGCACAAUAGUGGGCCAAGUAAUGGCUUGAAGAAAACUGAUUUGCACAAUAGUGGGACAAGAGGUGACAUGGAGACAAACGAUGUGCACAAUAGUGGGCCAAGUGGUGACAUGGAGAAAACUGAGUUGCACAAUAGUGGGACAAGUGGUGACAUGGAGAAAACUGAGUUGCACAAUAGUGGGACAAGUGGUGACAUGGAGACAAACGAUGUGCACAAUAGUGGGACAAGUGGUGACAUGGAGAAAACUGAGUUGCAUAAUAGUGGGACAAGUGGUGACAUGGAGACAAACGAUGUGCACAAUAGUGGGCCAAGUGGUGACAUGGAGAAAACUGAGUUGCACAAUAGUGGGCCUAGUGGUGACAUGGAGACAAACGAGUUGCACAAUAGUGGGCCAAGUGGUGACAUGGAGAAAACUGAGUUACACAAUAGUGGGACAAGUGGUGACAUGGAGAAAACUGAGUUCCACAAUAGUGGGCCAAAAGGUGACAUGGAGACAAACGAUGUGCACAAUAGUGGGCCUAGUGGUGACAUGGAGACAAACGAUGUGCACAAUAGUGGGCCAAGUGGUGACAUGGAGAAAACUGAGUUACACAAUAGUGGGCCAAGUGGUGACAUGGAGACAAACGAGUUGCACAAUAGUGGGCCAAGUGGUGACAUGGAGACAAACGAUGUGCACAAUAGUGGGCCAAGUGGUGACAUGGAGACAAACGAUGUGCACAAUAGUGGGCCAAGUGGUGACAUGGAGACAAACGAUGUGCACAAUAGUGGGCCAAGUGGUGACAUGGAGAAAACUGAGUUGCACAAUAGUGGGCCAAGUGGUGACAUGGAGACAAACGAUGUGCACAAUAGUGGGACAAGUGGUGACAUGGAGAAAACUGAGUUGCAUAAUAGUGGGACAAGUGGUGACAUGGAGACAAACGAUGUGCACAAUAGUGGGCCAAGUGGUGACAUGGAGAAAACUGAGUUGCACAAUAGUGGGCCUAGUGGUGACAUGGAGACAAACGAGUUGCACAAUAGUGGGCCAAGUGGUGACAUGGAGAAAACUGAGUUACACAAUAGUGGGACAAGUGGUGACAUGGAGAAAACUGAGUUCCACAAUAGUGGGCCAAGAGGUGACAUGGAGACAAACGAUGUGCACAAUAGUGGGCCUAGUGGUGACAUGGAGACAAACGAUGUGCACAAUAGUGGGCCAAGUGGUGACAUGGAGAAAACUGAGUUACACAAUAGUGGGCCAAGUGGUGAUAUGGAGACAAACGAGUUGCACAAUAGUGGGCCAAGUGGUGACAUGGAGACAAACGAUGUGCACAAUAGUGGGCCAAGUGGUGACAUGGAGACAAACGAUGUGCACAAUAGUGGGCCAAGUGGUGACAUGGAGACAAACGAUGUGCACAAUAGUGGGCCAAGUGGUGACAUGGAGACAAACGAUGUGCACAAUAGUGGGCCAAGUGGUGACAUGGAGAAAACUGAGUUACACAAUAGUGGGCCAAGUGGUGAUAUGGAGACAAACGAGUUGCACAAUAGUGGGCCAAGUGGUGACAUGGAGACAAACGAUGUGCACAAUAGUGGGCCAAGUGGUGACAUGGAGACAAACGAUGUGCACAAUAGUGGGCCAAGUGGUGACAUGGAGACAAACGAUGUGCACAAUAGUGGGCCAAGUGGUGACAUGGAGACAAAUGAUUUGCACAAUAGUGGGCCAAGUGAUGACAUGGAGACAAACGAUGUGCACAAUAGUGGGCCAAGUGGUGACAUGGAGAAAACUGAGUUGCACAAUAGUGGGCCAAGUGGUGACAUGGAGACAAACGAGUUGCACAAUAGUGGGCCAAGUGGUGACAUCGAGACAAACGAGUUGCACAAUAGUGGGCCAAGUGGUGACAUGGAGACAAACGAGUUGCACAAUAGUGGGCCAAGUGGUGACAUGGAGACAAACGAUGUGCACAAUAGUGGGACAAGUGGUGACAUGGAGACAAACGAGUUGUACAAUAGUGGGACAAGUGAUGGCAUGAAGAAAACUGAGUUGCACAAUAGUGGGCCAAGUGAUGACAUGGAGACAAACGAGUUGCACAAAAGUUGGCCAAGUGGUGACAUGGAGACAAACGAGUUGCACAAUAGUGGGACAAGAGGUGACAUGGAGACAAACGAUGUGCACAAUAGUGGGCCAAGUGAUGGCAUGAAGAAAACUGAGUUGCACAAUAGUGGGCCAAGUGAUGGCAUGAAGAAAACUGAGUUGCACAAUAGUGGGCCAAGUGAUGGCAUGAAGAAAACUGAGUUGCACAAAAGUGGGCCAAGUGGUGACAUGGAGACAAACGAGUUGCACAAUAGUUGGCCAAGUGAUGGCAUGAAGAAAACUGAGUUGCACAAUAGUGGGCCAAGUGAUGGCAUGAAGAAAAACGACUUGCACACAAUCCUCCCUCACUGUGUGACCAUAACCUUCUGUCUGUACCUGUAUGUCAGUGUCCCUAGUCAGGGUGACCAGUAUCCAGUUGUGGAACAACGUGGAGCCAAGUUCUCCCCGCAAUAA